AUGAGAAUAUUUGUAAUUUUUAUCCUAGCUGGUUUUGAAAGUUCUUCGUUAAUAGCGACGUACGCUUUAUACGAAUUAUCUCAACGUCAAGACGUGCAAGAUAAAGCUCGCGAGGAAAUUGACGAAAUGUUGUCAAAGCACGGUGGUCUGACCUAUGACGCUCUGAGCGAAAUGACAUAUCUUCAAAAUAUAAUAAAUGAAACUAUGAGAAAAUAUCCACCUCUUUCUAUCUUGAAUCGCGUUUGUACUAAAGAAAUAAACUUACCGACAACAAAUAUUUGCGUGCCAAAAGGAACAUUAGUAACUAUACCGCUGCUUGGUUUACAGCGAGAUCCGUCGAUAUACCCAGACCCAGAUAAAUUUGAUCCUGAACGGUUCAACGCAGACAAAAUAAAAGAGAAGCAUCCUUACUCUUUUAUACCAAUCGGACAUGGUCCGCGAUACU